AUGAUUGAUAGCAGUAGAGGACCUUUAUCUUCUCUUCCUUUUUCACUUAAAUAUGUACUUUCCCCGGUUGGAUUGCAUAUUGGUUGUCAAGUGCAAUACAAGAUUGAUAUGAAUGGCAUUACGAAAGAGAAAACCUCUUCUCAGUCGUCUUCACUCCAUCACAUUGCGCCAAUACAUGUAGGUGUUGUGGGUAUGUAUGUGGGUCAGCAUGCUCAGUGUCUGUGUGGGGAACCGAAGCCGAGCUGUGAGGCAUUCAUUGUACGAUUGGUAGAGUUAGUGGAUAGGUGUUGGGUUAUGGUGACGGUGAUGUGUUAUCAGUGAUAUCUUAUCAUCAGUUGCUAUAUUAUCAGUAGUAACCUUUAUGCUUUCUCAUUUAUCAAUGGUUAAUGAGCGAAAAUUUGAUAGAUUUUACAUCAAUUAAAUUCCUCUAUCAAUUGAAUCAUUUCAAGGUCAUGUUACAUUUUGUCUAGACAAGAUAACUAGUUUGUCAUUACCAAUGAUAACUAAUGCACUUUUCCUUCAACCGAUUGUUCUAGAAAGAAUGAUUCAGCAUACGUAUUGAAAAUGAAAGGGAAUAUUUGGAGAAGUUUCAUUUUACUUGUUGGUCUUCGCAUUACAUAUAUGUUUCAGUUUAUAGCAAUUUCAUUUCAUAUAUUCUUCAAGAGUUGAUCGUUUUAGUAUGACUGAUGAGAAAAUGUGAGAAAUGAAUUACAGAUUCUAUAUUACUAAUCCUAUUAGAAAUCCUUCAUAGCAAAAAGAGCAAACAUAUACGGCCGAACCAAAGAUUAUCUAUCACUGACUGAUCUUUCUACGUUUCAUCGACCCUCCCGCCUUCCACCGGCCAUACCAUCUUUCACAUGAAAGUCGUAAUUAGCGUACUACUGCCAUAUACUACAUAGAUAUUCUUUCACAUAUAUUUUGCAUCUCAUCAAUAAAAUUGGAUCAGAUGAGGACAGCUGUUGUUAAAAAUCUUUGUUUGCUCUGACGAUUUGUAACUGGUGUCACCU